AUGCAAGCAUUUGUAGCAUUCGUGUCGAUCGGGUACGCCGUUGUCGCAAUGUGGCUCGGUUCCAUGAAGCUCACGCGUUGGCAACGACGCAGUAUCCUCGUCACAUACACAGCAGCAGGACUCGUCCAAUCUGUUUUUCUAGCGCACGCCUUCAGCUUCAUGGACAUCUACUAUGCGUAUCCGUUGACGCUAGUGCUGGUAGUCGUCUUUUUCGUAGCGUUCAACCUCACCAACGCGUUACUUCACAUCAUCGAGGCGUCAGCAACUCGUGUGGUCACAGCACAACGCGCGGCCUGCUUUUAG